AUGGCAGCAACACAAAUCGGCUGGUAUGGCCUCGGCUCAAUGGGCCUCGCAAUGGCAACCAACCUUCAACGCCAUCUCUCCGCCAAACAAGGCCUGGCCCUGCUGUACUCAAACCGCACGCUCUCUCGCGGCGAGCCCCUUCAACAACUCGGCGCAGUCCCCCAGCCCAGUUUCAGCGACCUUGUCUCCAAAUCAAGCAUCAUCUUCACCAUGGUCUCCAACGACGCCGUUUUGGAGUCGUUAAUCACCGAUGUUAUCAAAAGUGGGGAGUCCCUCGACUCCAAAAUCUUCAUUGAUUGCUCAACCGUGCACCCUGCAACAAUCACCUCCAUCUCCUCCCAACUGUCAUCUAAAAGUGCAUCGUUCCUAUGCGCCCCUGUAUUUGGCGGAAACCCCGUCGCAACAGCCGGAAAACUAGUCUUUGCGCUUGCGGGUGCAACGCCUGAAGUUCGUCAAAACGUCAUCAAGCCCUUGAUUCAAGAUGUAAUGGGCCGGAAAGUGAUUGACUGCGGCGAAGACCCAGCGAAAUCCUCUCUGCUCAAGAUUGCGGGGAAUAUUGUUACAGUCUCAUUGAUGGAGACGGUCGGUGAAGCGCAGGUUUUUGCGGAGAAGACGGGGUUGGGCACGGGGGCGAUGGAGGAGUUGAUUGAUGAGGCUUUUGGGCCGAUUGCGGGGGGUUACUCCAAACGAUUAACGACAGGCGUCUAUGCGCCUCCCCUGACAUCGCGUCCAGGUUUCGGCGUCUCCCUCGCUAUCAAGGACGCAAAUCAUGCACUCAGUAUCGCCAAGGAUAAUGGCGUUGAGUUGCCCUCCGUCGAGUUGGCACGAAACAAUAUGUCCUCUGCUAGAGAGUAUGGUGGUGAGUGUUUGGAUAGUUCGUCUAUGUAUGGCAUUUUGAGGCAAAAGGCCGGGUUGGCGUUUUGGAAUGAGAAGAGUAGGCAGGGUGGAAAGUAA